ACGGAAGUGACGACAACUUUGUGCUUCGAGGACCAGGAUACGAGUUUUGACUACAAAAUAGACGGUCCACUAAUCGUGUUCAACGCACUAUUACUGUACUCCGGGAGACAUUUUUUAAUUGUAUAUUUAAUCGUUGUAAUAUUCGUAUGCAUGUAAAACUAGCUACAACAUAGUAGAAGCUACCUUUGGUGCACAAAGAUCACAACGCUCGUGUCGGCAGAACACUGAGGUUGUCUUAGCCAGCGGGAAUUGAGGUUUGUAAGUAGCUUGUCAGCGUUAGAUGAACUGUUCACCUUCAGGCAAAUGGCCUGCACUUUAGAGAAAGUGUUGUGUGAUGCGCGGACACUGUUGGAGAGGUUGAAAGAGCACGACACAGCCGCCGAGAGCCUCAUCGACCAGUCCGGGGCCCUCAGUCUCAAGGUGCGGAGCAUGAAAGAAGUGGGAAAUGCUCUUCCGGACAAGCAUGCAGAUGACACUUCAGAGGUCCAGGAAAUGAUCAAGUACAAGCCUCAUGUCCUUUUGACUCAGGAAAACACUCAAAUCAAGGAACUCCAGCAGGAGAAUAAAGAACUCUGGCUGUCUCUUGAAGAGCAUCAGUACACAUUGGAGUUGAUCAUGGGCCAUUACCGCAAGCACAUGCUCCAGAUGAUGAUGGCUAAAGAGGAGCUGGACACCAAACCUGUUCUUAUACUCCAUAAGGACCACGCAAAAGAAGUACAGACCCAAGUGGGGCGAAUAUGUGAGAUGGGCCAAGUGAUGAGACGAGCAGUGCAGGUGGAUGAUCAGCGUUAUUGUUCCGUUCAAGAAAAGCUUGCCCAGCUUGAGAUUGAAAAUAAGGAGCUUCGAGACCUGGUGGCCAUUAGUAAGGACUCAAUGGCACUGACGAGAGAGGAAAGGACCAAGCCGCCAACAACACCGACACAUGAAAACAAGACCCAGCCAGAGUGCAAUGAUUAAUAUAAAGUGCGUCGUCAGGAUCCGUUUGGCCCAUGCUCCAUGGUGACAAAUGAUCUGAUAAACCACUCCAUUUGGUUUUGGUAAUAGUGCAAAUUUGUAUUCUGUAUUCUGAUUGUCUAUUGUUCAUAAUUAGGUAGAUGGCCGAGUUGUAAAUUCAGUGGUUACUUUUUAAAAGAACAAUCAAAAGGUAAUUUUGUUGUUUUUGGCCAAAGAUGUAUUUAAUUUAUAAAGACAUGGGUUCUACCUCUUUGCUUUUCAUACACUUGCUUAUAAUCACUCAUGUUGGACUUUUUACCUGAAGCAACCAAAUGUAAUUUUAAAAAGUGAGAAAGACUGUGCUUGAUGCUAAAUCGACGUCCAUGUUUUUAUUUUUUUUUAGGUUACUGACCCUUUUCUUGCCUUAGCUGACUGCACGUUUAUGUAGUAAUCCCCAAACAUGGCCACGUGUCUUCGUAUUGGAGUACUUUUUGUGUCAUACAAUGUGCUUAGUUGUCUCAGGAAAUCAGAAUUAUGGUUGAAAAAUAUGUAAUUUUGAGUAUAUCGCUAGGAAAAUUGUAAAUAAAAUUAUACCAAUGAAA